GAACACUUUUUAACAAUUCUUAACAACAUAACCUCAAAUCUCAAAAAAUUUUGAUUUUCACAAAAUUUAAGUAAAAUAUUUCUAUGCUUAAUAUGAUAAAAGCGGUUUUAAUCGAUUUGAGUGGGACUCUUCAUAUCGAUAAUCAAAUAAUACCAGGAGCAAUUGAAGCAUUAAAGCUAUUAAGAAAAUCGGAUUUAAAAAUUAAAUUUGUUACGAAUACCACAAAAGAAAGCAAAAAUAUUCUUUAUAAUCGUCUGCAAAAAUUAGGAUUUGACGUGCAAUUAGAUGAAAUUCACACUUCUUUAAUCGCAGCUAGAAAAGUAAUUGAUGAGAAAAAAUUGAACCCUUUAUUGUUAGUGUCUAAGGAAGCCCUCGAAGAUUUUGAGGGAUUAAAUUAUGAAAGUAAUCACAAUGCUGUCGUUAUUGGUUUAGCUCCUUCAGAAUUCCAUUAUGAUAAAUUAAAUCAAGCUUUUAGAUUAUUACUUGAUGGGGCACCUUUAAUAGCAAUCCAUGCUGGUAAAUAUUAUAAACGACCUGAUGGAUUAGCCUUAGGUCCUGGUUGUUUUGUAAAGGGUCUCGAAUAUUCAGCUAAAUGUACUGCCCAAGUUAUUGGAAAACCAACAGAAGGGUUCUUUAAAUCUGCAGUAGACAAUAUCCAGCCAUCAGAAUGUGUUAUGAUAGGAGAUGAUGUAACAGAUGAUAUUGAUGGGGCACAAAAAAUCGGUAUGAAAGGAAUUUUAGUACAAACCGGCAAAUAUCAAUCUGGAGAUGAAGCUAAAAUAAAUCCAGCACCUUGGAAUACCGUACCAAGUUUUGGAGAAGCUGUACAAAAACUUUUAGGCCAUAAUGAAAAUAUAAAAACAAAGAAAAGUACUUAGAUUUAAUAA